UAAGUCAAUUUUAUGUUGCACCUGACCUCUACAUUGCAAGGAGGCAUCCUUAUACAAAUCUCACCCUUUAAAAUCAGUCAAAACUCGUUUCAUAUCAAUUAGAACGUGUCCCAUGAUGCGUUUGGCAGAGCAUGAACUUUCUCUCUCUAUCUUCCCUCCGCGCUCGACUUCCACCUGCUCGAAGACAAGUUCUCUGGUUAAGGACCCAUAUCCACAGUCGUUGUUAUUGUGCUCUUAUUCAUCAAGAUUUAGAGAGAGAAACUCAAAAAAACCAAGUUCAAAGGUUAAACUGCUCCUCCUUGAACACUGAAAUCUGUGAUUGCAUAAAAAACUCAGAGCAUAAAUGGGCACUGGUCCUUUUAAAACUUUCUCUCAAAUCCUGUAUAAAGCCCAAUGGUUUCACUUUAUCUCUGGUCAUAAAAGCUUGUGCUUCUCUCUCUUCUUUACCAGUGUUGAAGCAGAUCCAUACCCAUGUCUUCAAAACGGCCUUCGAUCACUGCAUCUUUGUCAACACCGCGCUCAUCGAUGGCUAUGGAAAAUGCCUUGUUAUGGAAUUUUCUCAGAAAGUGUUCGAUGAAAUGUGUCAUAGAGACACCGUAGCUUGGAAUUCACUGAUUUCUGGUUAUUCAAUUAAUGGAUAUCUCUUUCAUGCUCUUGAUGUCUUCUCCAAUAUGUUAAUGGAGGGCGUCGGUCCUGAUUCAACAACCUUGGCCUGUGUUCUUCCAUGUUGCUGGCAAAUGGAAGCCAUAAUGCAUGGCAAAUGCGUUCAUGGAUAUGGGAUCAAAGCUGGAAUGGAUUCUGAUUCUUCAGUGAUGAAUUCGGUUAUGGCCAUGUAUGCCAAAUGUGGAGACAUAGAUGAUACCAUGUUUGUUUUUGAUACCAUGCCUCAUAGGAGUGUGGUUUCGUGGAACACCAUUAUAGCUGCUUAUUGCCAAUGUGGAGAAAGUUCACAUCUGUUCAAGAUUUUCAGACUCUUCAAUCAAAUGCAUGUAAAUGACAUGAAACCCAAUUCGGUUACCAUCAUAAGUAUGCUACGGGCCAUCACCCAUAGCGAUUUCAUGUCACAUGGAUUGGCCAUCCAUGCCUAUGCUAUAAAGUCUGGCCUUAUGGAUAACACCCAUGUAUGUACAUCGCUAGUUUGUAUGUAUGCAAAGAGGGGGAAUUUAGAAUGUGCAAUCUCGCUCUAUGAUUCAAUUUCUGAGAAAAACCUGGUUUGUUUAACUGCACUUCUAGCUUGUUACGUUGAGAAGGGAUACUUUGAAUUAGCUAUGAAACAUUUCUUUCAUAUGCAACAGAUUGAUAUCAAACCUGAUGGCAUAACCUUAAUAAGCUUUCUUCAGCCAAUUUCAAGUCCAAACCAUUUGGAUUUUGGGUUGAUUCUUCAUGGCUUUGGGAUUAAAAGUGGGUUUACCUCUGAUAUCAAAGUGAUGAAUGCUAUUUUGAGCAUGUACUCAAGGUGUAAAAAUCCAGAAGCAGCUUUUUCUUUCUUCAACGAAAUGCCAUUGAAAUCUCCUAUUAGUUGGAACACCAUGAUUGCCAGUUAUGUGCAGACUGGGAGGCCAGAAAAAGCUCUGUCCUUCUUCCACCAAAUGAAGUUAGCAGGUCACCAACCUGACUCAAUCACCAUGGUUGAAUUGCUAUCAGGAUGUGGGGAUCUUGGGCUCCUACACUUCGGAAAAAAUCUUCAUAACCAAAUUCUCAGAAGCAGCUUCAAUAUUGACAAGUAUUUAGCCACUGCACUCAUAGACAUGUACUCAAAAUGUGGAAGCAUCAAAAGUGCACUUACAGUUUUCCUAAAUGAGAAAAAUCGAAGAAGCCCUGCAAUAUGGAAUGCCAUGAUCAUGGCCUGCAACUCUCAUGGAUUGGAGAACAAAGCCCUUCAGCUCUACAAAGAGAUGCAAAGCCAUGGUGUGAAACCAGAUAAUAUCACAUUUGUUGGAGUUCUCUCUUCCUUUUGCCAUGUAGACCUUGUCGAUGAUGGAUUACACGCAUUGAGGUUCAUGACUGAGGAUUGUGGGUUGACUCCAGGGGUUCAGCACUAUGCCUGCAUUGUGGACUUGUUGGGACGAGCAGGUCGAUUAGAUGAGGCAGUGAAAUUUGUAAAAAAGAUGAAGGAAAAGCCUGACUCUGUAGUUUGGGGAACAUUGCUUGGGGCUGCUUGUAUCCACCAUAAUAUUAAGUUGGGGGAAUGUGUGGCUAAGCAGUUGUUCCUUUCGGAUUACCGAAACAAUGGGUUUUAUGUCCUCAUGUCUAAUCUUUAUGCAGCUGAAGGUAGGUGGGAUGAUGUUGCUAAUAUAAGGAAGGUGAUGAGAGAUGUGGUUGGGGUGGAUGGUAGCCAUGGUUAUAGUCUCCUUGAAGUGCGUAACAUGUCUUAUUAAUUCCUAUCGGAAAGUGGAAUGCACCAAUAGAAGAAUUUGAGCUGGGGCAACAGCUCUGUAUUGGCAAUGAUCUAAUACUGCCCGGCAUUCCAAAGAGCAUUACUGAUUUUAAACUUGAAUUGCAUAGUGAAUAUUUCAAAUCAGUGAUGGGAACACCGGCAUUAUUCGUAUUUCAUGCAGUCAGAACUUUUGUAAUGCAUGGUAAAUACCAUUUUUCAGUUGUUCUUAAUAAUAGUCUGGGUUUGCAUACAAUGAGGGGAGUUAACUUUUUGUAAAAGACCUCCCACCCCUUCCCAACCAUCAGAUGUGACCUCGGAUGCCUGUGGUGUGUUGCGUCUCUCCGCACACCUGUUACUUGAAAGGGGAAUUGAAGGCCAAGGUUGAACCAAUAGUGGGAUCGUAACAAGGAUGAUUUGCACAAACCAAAACAUUUGUCCAAUAUUUCAAUCCAAAAACCCAACAAUUAAAGAUGGAGAAGGGUUCGGAGAAGAAUAGUUAGGACAGUUGGGGUGAUUACCUUGUGGGGUCCAGCCCCAUAAGAAGUGAAAGGAAAAAAAAACCCAACAAAAAAAGGGUGAGAGAGAGAGUAGGUUUUAG